CUGCCUUUUUUUUCUUUCUUCCUUUUAGAAGAUAUACUAUAGGAACCUAUGAUAAUCUUAUUCAGUUAUCUUAUAAAAAGAAAUAUCUGCAUGCCUUGAUUGCAAAUGAUGAUGUUAUGGGUUUCUUCCUUAAGGCGUUGAAGUCUCAAGCAGUGCUGCUGUGUAGCAGCACUUGGUGCUUUUUGGCAUGUGAUUUCUGCUGUUAACUGAAGUUGAACAGUUGAAGUUGAAAUGCUUUUGUAGGUAGAUCUGUGUGUACAGUUACUUUUAUUAGGGUAACUAAGGUUGUGAAGAUGAGAAAAGAUGUGAAGAAGGCCAGAGUCCUCACUAUUCGCAAACUAACCAGACACAUCGGGAAAUUAAAGUUGAAAAAGGGUUCAGAAGACUUGAAAUUAAAGAACCAAAAACGAGUUGAGAGAUUAAUAGAAGAAAUCCAUGCCAUGAAGGAAAUAAAACCAGAUGAAGUUACCAGACUUGCUCUUAGGACAGAAGUUAAUUUUGAAAGUGUCUGCAAAAAGCCAAACUGUACUGCAGCUGAGCGAGCCAUGGCAAGACUUGCAACACACCCCACCUUGAAGCCCAGAUUUGUUGAACUUAAAGCUGCUGUUAAAGCUUUUAAGGAUGCAAGGAAGAACCCAGACAAAGCCACUCCUGUGAAAAAGGAUCAGUCAGAAGAACAGCCUAAAUCAGCACAACAUUCCAAUAAAAACUUGGAUGACCAAGCUUGUAAGCGGCCUCAAAAACAGCAAGGAUAUGAACACAAAACAAAACCAGGCAUGAAAGUAGAAACUGACAAAGUGGUUGAAGAGCUCUGUGAGAGUGAAUCUGAGCAGAAAACUGUGGAAAUGGAGAGAGUGUAUGCUCCAGAAACACCUUCAUUUCAGGCAGUAGAAAUGCAAACAGUUACUCAAAACAAAACAGAAAAGAAACUUGACUAUCAAAAAAGGAAAGAAAAUAUGAGUAUGAACAAGUUAAAUGCAAUAAAAGAAAGAAUUGAUGAUAGUGACCAAGAGCAUGAAAAGGAAUACUUUGAUGAUAGUACUGAAGAGAGGUUUUACAAUGAAUCAUCAGAUUCUGACAGUGACAGCAAUGAUGAUUUCUUCAUUGGAAAAGUAAAAAAGAAGAAAAAAGUAGCAGCAGUUAAUAGUUUUUCUUCAACAAAAGAAAAGGGUAGUGUUCAGAAAAAAGUAAUGAAAACAGAGAAGAGUACAGAGACUGGGCCAGCACAGGAUUUGAUCAUGGAAGAGAAAAAGUCACUUGCAAAAGCAAGCAAGCUGGAGUCAGUGUUCUGCAGUUCUUUGUCUACCACCAAUCAGAAAUCUCAGAACAGAAGAAAUACUAAACACCAGCCUCUCAAAAAGGAAAGAACAGGUUUUCUUAAAAAUGAAACAAAGCUUAAGAAGAAACCAUUUGCAAAAGCUUCAGGGGAUAUUAAAUGCAACAAUAAGAAAGCAUCUUUGGAGCAGCCUCUUCAUCCUUCAUGGGAAGCAAGCAGGAAACGCAGAGAGCAAAUGUCUCAAAUUACAGCAUUCCAGGGGAAAAAGAUUAAAUUUGAUGACUAGACUAUAUGUAAAUGGGGGUUCUAAGAAAAAUUUUUUUGCAGCUACUGUUUGAACAUCGUUGUUAUACUGUCCAUAUCCUUUGCAACUUCCAAAAUUGCAAUUAUUAUUUACCAUCAUAGAAUAUCAAGAUUGUUUCAUUCAUUCUUCGUGCUGUCUGGUGAUUAAUGUAAUGGCCAUUUGGUUCAUAAGUCCCAUUAUGCAGUACCACCAUUCAUGAAAUAUACCCUGAUGUGAAUAAAGGGUUUUUAGGAGCAUAAUUUGUGCCCUGUAGAAAUAGUUUGGAAGGGUUUGGUUUUUUUAUGUAAAAAAAUGUGCUUUAUAUGAGAACUUGGUUGUCAGAAGAAAGGUUGUCAUAUCUCAACCGAGACAAAGUAAAAGAUUCUUAAACUUGAAGAGACUUUAUAAAUUCAUCAGUGUAUCAUGUAGCUGGAAAAGUCAAUCCAUUUUGAGCAUAAUAUGAAAAUUUCUGGAGAGAAUAAAAUAUUGUGCUUUUAA